CCCCUCCUAACCUAAACCAAACCCAGACCUCGUAUCACAACAAACGCAUAGGUUUUGCCAACAACUAUAAUAAUAACAUUAUAUAUUUUUAUAUAUAUAUAGAUAGGGAAUAGAUAGAUAGAUAUAGAUAUACGUACGCAGAUAGACAACACUCUUCUCGUUCAAGAACGAAUCAAGGAGAGGUGGAGUUCCUGUUUUGAACCAAACCCAACUCACACUUUGUUUUGUUGCUUUCUUUUUUCCCUGAUUUUCUGCUCCAAAAGACUGCCUAGUUUUUCUUGGUUGGUUCUUGGCGUUUCUGAUUUUGGUGGUUACAAAUACUAGGCCGUGUGGGGGAAAUAAAGUUGGGUAUUCAUGGCCAUUCAAGCGCAGAUUUACUCGCAAAAUCUUGGGUUUCCUCUCGCCAUUCCGCCGGAUUUUAUGGACGACGGUGACGCCCCUGCUUCCGCCGCCGUCAACGGGGUUGUUGGUUUUGAUCACUUUUGCUUCAACCCACCGCCGCCUCCUCUCCCGCCGCAGCAACACCUCAUCAUGCCGCAGUUUCAUCAGAUUCCUCCUCCGCAGCAGCAGAAGAAUCCUCAGCCGUCGAUGGGUUUCUCUCAGAAUCUCGCGGCUGAGCUCGAGAAACAAAUUCUUGAAAUUGACCGCUUUAUCUGUUUACAGAAUGAGAGAUUGAGAUUGGGUUUACAAGAGCAGAGAAAACAGCAACUGACAUUGAUGCUGAGGAAAUACGAAUCAAAGAAGCAAUUUUUACUGAAACAAAAGGAGGAAGAAAUGUGCAAGGCGCUGAACAAGACGAUGGAGUUAGAGGAGAUGUUGAGAAGGAUAGAAAUGGAGAAGCAGGCGUGGCAGAGCAUGGCGAAGGAGAAAGAAGCCAUGGCUAUGUCUCUCAACAAUACAAUUGAACAACUCAAAGAGUGCGCGUGGCUGCACCCGUGGACCGGCGCCGAGGACGCCGAGUCGUGCUGCGACAACGGGGACAGAGUGGUGGCGGUGGAAGAAGGUGAUCGCCGCCGUGAUGACAAUGCGCCGGCUGCGGCGGCGCCGGCGAUACUUUUCCGGGAGACUAAUAAAAGGGGGGAUAUGGAUAUGGUGUGCAAAAGUUGCAAUUCUGGGGUGUCGUGCGUUGUCUUCUUGCCAUGCAGGCAUCUUUCUUCAUGCGAAGCUUGUGAGCCUUUCCUGGAUUCAUGCCCUCUCUGUAGGAUGCUUAAGAAAGCAAGCAUUCAAGCUUUGCUAUGAUUUCGUCUUUCUUUUUCUUUUUUUUCGUAGAAGAUUUCUAGUGUAGAUGCGUAGAGCAGUAGAGAUGUUUAUCCCAAGACUUAGAACAUCUAAAUUAAAUUCAUUAUUUUCUUCAAUUCCUGCCUUGGGUCAAAUCUCUCAGGCACUGCUUUGCCCAGCAAAUUCCCUUGCUCCGUGUCCCAGCCCCAGAUGACUAAUGACUCAGCAACUUAUUAGAUUAGAGAAUUUUAAUGAUGUUCCUAAGGAGUCCAUCACAUUAAGUGUAACUCCCACCAUAAUUGUUAUGAAUUGAUCUUGUGUCAUUGUUUA